AUGUCUAGCGUCGUCAUCUCCGGGUGGCUGUGGAGGAAGAAGACCCGCCUCAAGAUCGCUUCUUGGACUAGCGUGCAGUGUGUGCUGCGAGAGGACGGGAGCAUGCAGCUGACACAGAGGAGAUACCUCUCAUCGGUCACCAAGAAGAUCGACGUCCAUUCAUUCAGGCUGUUGCAGAGCCCCAGGGACCUCGAGGAAACCGAGCAGACGUUUGGAGACGAGAUCUUUGUCGUUGCGAAUGAGAGAAAGCGAUAUGUAUUUCGUACCAUGAACUCCGCGUAUAGAGACAACUGGAUCUCAGCUAUCCAGUGUGUGCUUCAAGGACGGCAGGUCUCGUUCGAUCCUGUCUACUCAGCCUUGUCUCCCCGGAUGCUGAGUAAACUGAGGGAAUGGGCGAUGAAUGUCUCCAAGGGAAGAAGAGAGUAUGAAUCAGCCUCGUCCCAAGAGCAGCCGCACAUCUCAAAUCUGAUCCACCCAUCCAAGGUCUCGCUCGCGUUAAUGUAUGCGCUCAAUUGUGUUGGUGACACUAUGGGCGAGAAGAAGGGCAGCAGCAUGGAAAGAAGCGUCGAGCAUCCCAUUGUAGUGUACGAGACCAGAAACGAGGAAGGAUCAAGAGAAGCAAGUCAUCUCAGCAGCGUCAAGAGUUUCUUGAGUAGAGGGACGAUGCUGUACCGCAAGAAGGGGACAAGUCGAAACAAGGCAAGGCACUUGGAUUGA